AUGCAUAAUGAAAAAUAAAACGACCUAUAGGACUCGUUUAACACUCAACUCUCUGUUGCCGUGAAGCACCGUCAAUUACCAUACGUAAUUCAUUUUCGGUAGAUUGACGUUUGUUUAGAGAAGUAAAGCAAGUAAAUAAAUAAAUUGUUGGGAAGCAGUGAAAUAAGCAUGAAUUGGUAUAAUGGUACAAUUCCUGAAGCUGUAGCUGAGGCUAAAAGAACGAAUAAAUUAUUUUUGGUAUAUAUUGAGGGUAAUGAUGAAAUGUCCAGACAGAUGUCCGAAACAUAUAAUGAUCCAGUUGUAGCUGGUAAAUUAUCAUCGAAUUCUGUCAUAGCUUUAAAACUUGUGGCCGACAGUAUUCCAUACAAGCAGUUUUGUGCAAUUUAUCCUGUAUUAGUCAUACCCUCAUCAUUUUUCCUUGGCAAUGGGGCUCCUAUUGAAAUAAUCACUGGAAGCUUGCCUCCUGAUGACUUUUCAAAAAAAUUGGACAAAUUAUUUGAUACAUAUGAAAGGUCCUUUAAUAUAAAAAUCGAAAGCCAUGGUGGGAUCUCUGCCUCAUCACUUCCACAAGAAGAUGAAGUUUCUAUUCCUUCUGGAUCACAAAAUGAAAGCUUGGAAUCUGAGCCAUCAACUUCAGAACCUGCACCUUCUACAUCUCAAACUGCAACAGCUGCUGAAGCUUGUUUACAAGAAAAAAUUGAGCGUGCUAGAAUUUUGGUGGAAGCUCAGCGUCAACAGAAAGCUGAAGAAGAGAAACAGAAAGAAAAAGAGGAUGAAAUAAGGAGACGAAACGAGGGUAAAGCCAUUCAACAAGCUCAGCAAACAAGGCAAGAGAAUGAAUUGAAGGAAUGGGCUAAGAAUCGUGCUAAAGAAAAGGAAGAGGAAAGACUGGCUAGAGAAAAAGUGAAGGCAAUGAUAGCUCAGGACAGAGCUGAAAGAGCUGCUAAAUAUCAACAAACUAAGGAGGCUGAACAGGCAGAAAAGGAGAGAAUUGCCCGCAUUCGUGAAGAAACAGAAAGAACUUUAAGGAAUGCUGCUAUGUCCAGCAAUGAAGCUCGCAUUCAGUUUCGUUUGCCCGAUGGUUCCUUCACCACCCAUUCUUUUUCAGCUGAUGCAUCUCUGGAAGAAGCUAGAAGAUUUGUAAGAGAAGUUGUUCGACCACCUUUUUCAAACUUCUCAUUAUGUACAACAUUCCCUCGGAGACACUUCACAGAAUCAAAUUAUUCAGAAAAUCUCAGAGACCUGCAAUUAGCUCCAUCGGCUGUCCUUUUAAUCCUUCCUGAACAUGCUAUUGCCAAUGUCAAUCCAACAAGUGGUUUCAUUUCAAAUAUUUUUUGGACACUGAUGUCACCUUUAACAGCUGUGUGGAAUUUAAUAAGAUCAUUUUUUCCUGGAAAUACUGCAGAUCAAAGCAAUUCAGCUCAAACACAAAGUCCACCUGCUACACAAUCGGAAUCUUCCAAAACCAAUAACAAUAAUCCCAGAAAUAAUACAAGGCAACCUAAUCAAGGUCGUCGGGAGUCUCCAUUUGCCAAACGUGAAGGCAAUAUCUUUCGCAUUAACAAUCAAAGUGAUGAUGAUGAAAACAACACUUGGAAUGGAAAUUCUACUCAACAGAUGUAACUGUUGUAUCAGCUUUGAUGAAAAGCAAAAACUUAUUUUUUAAUGCAUGCCAUUGAAGAAGAUAUUAGAAUUUUUUCUGCAUUGAGUGUGGUUAUUGAUGUAAAAAUGUGCAAAUAUAAAAAUAAAUAUGCAUCAGAACA